AUGGAUACCGUGAAUCAAACUGUUUGUGACAAUGUGUCUGUUGAUUUGUCCGAGUCCAGCGUUAGGUUCACGACCCACCCGGAGCUUCUUCUCGUCGUCGCUGUUGCUAUGAGCCUCGUCGCCGCUUUCAUCGUCGUCUCCAACGUCCUUCUCAUCGCCGCCUUUGUGUACAGCCGUUACCACGGGAAGUACAUCAACAGAACGGACAGACACGGCGGCUACAGCGACACCAAGAGCAUUCUCUCCAUCUCCUUCUCCUUGGCCCACUUGGUCAUCGGCGGCUUCUGCAUGCCGCUGGCCAUUGUACAAAUACUUCUGAACGGGCGGUGGAGUCUGGGAAGUAGUUUAUGCACCGCUAGAGUGUUCGCCGAAGUUUUGUCGGAAAUCAUAAUUAUUUACCACGCGAUCUGCAUGUGCAUAGACAACGUCAUUAUGGUGAGAAAACCAUUUCUGUACAGAAUGAUGACGUCAAAGACUGGUUAUGCAAUGGCUGUACUUAGCUGGGCAAUUCCCACAAUCCUGUUUUUUAUAUCCUCCGCACUUGGUUGGAACACGCAGGGACUAGAGGACACGCUCGUUUGCCUCCGUGAGCGCCAUGUAUGCGUGGCGAUCAUGAGCCAAAAUUUUGUGUUUCUUAUCAUGCCCAGCGCGGUCUCCAUUUCCAUUGUCGGGUUCCUUGGUUUGGCAGCUAUCGUCAUGAAAGAAGUGCACAGAUUGCACGAAAACAAAGUGAAACAAGGAAAUCUUAAAAUAGCGAAUCGGGAAAAAAUUGUGGACCACGACUGUCGAACGACGAAUAAAUCUUACAAAAUUAGAAGUGAAGCUUCUGAGAGUUUAAACGAAACAAUUAAAAGUGAACCAAACAUUAAGAGCAUUUCACAAUUAAUAGAAUCAGAGAGGUCGAUAUCUACUAUAACUUUAACGAGGGUUAGAAUAGCAUACCUCUCGUGUGAAGUCGAUCAGUCCACAGUGGUAAUGAUGCAAACAAGAAGCAGAGUUACGGCCCUACCAGCGAAGACUGCAGCUAACAGAAAAAGAAAAACUUUUGGGAUACUCAUUACAUUGGUAUUAUUGCAUGUCCUCUACCUAACUGCCUUUAUGGUGGUCUCAGCAUUGCUCGUGUUCCACGCGAAGAUGUUCCCGCUGUGGCUUAUUUCUGCAAUCAUCAUGCUUCGAUACUUUCACUCGGCAUCGAUUCCCAUAGUUUUAUUUCAGUACAAACCCACUCGAAAAUUGGUUCGAUCGUUGCUGAUUGCCAUCAAAAUUAUAAAAUCUAACUGA